CGCCGCAAGGGUUUGCGGGGAGGCAGCUCCUUCCCUUCCGGUGCCGGGCGCCAUCAGGUAGGCAGACAUGGGUGCCUACAAGUACAUCCAGGAGCUGUGGAGGAAGAAGCAGUCGGACGUGAUGCGGUUCCUGCUGCGUGUGCGCUGCUGGCAGUACCGGCAGCUGUCGGCCCUGCACCGGGCACCGCGCCCCACCCGCCCGGACAAAGCCCGCCGCCUGGGCUACAAGGCCAAGCAAGGUUACGUGAUCUACCGUGUCCGUGUCCGCCGUGGUGGCCGCAAGCGCCCAGUCCCGAAAGGUGCCACCUAUGGCAAACCUGUGCACCACGGUGUUAAUCAGCUCAAGUUUGCCCGCAGCCUUCAGUCUGUUGCAGAGGAACGUGCUGGCCGUCACUGUGGGGCUCUGAGAGUCUUGAACUCGUAUUGGGUUGGUGAAGAUUCCACUUACAAGUUUUUUGAAGUGAUUUUGAUUGAUCCCUUCCACAAGACCAUCCGACGCAACCCCGAUACCCAAUGGAUCACCAAGCCCGUCCACAAGCACAGGGAGAUGCGUGGGCUGACGUCGGCCGGGCGGAAGAGUCGUGGCCUUGGCAAGGGCCACAAGUUCCACCACACCAUCGGUGGCUCCCGCCGCGCCGCCUGGAGGAGGCGCAACACCCUGCAGCUGCACCGCUACCGCUGAUCCUUGUAAACGGAACCACCUAAUAAAGCCAGUGCGGGUUCUUAAAUUCCACAAGUGCUUCUGCUGCUUCUUGGUGUGUGUGCACAAGUGUAGAGUUCUCCAGGAGCUCCGUUGUUUCCAUAGUUUGUCAGGCUUUUGAAAAUGUAAGUUGAUGCUUAAUGAAGGUUGUAGGCCCCAAGUUUAGAAUUUUGUGACGCGUUUCACUUUUGGUGAAGGUUGGGGUCUCUGUGUCCUGUGCUUAGACUGAAGGCCAGCUUUGAUCCUGUGCAGUGGGAUAUAAACUGAAAGUGCUUGUUUAUUUUUUAUAGGUGAUUAAAUACUCAUGACAAUUUUA